AUGGCUUCGGGAAUCCCCGAGUAUGCGUCUAUCCCCUUCUCUGACGCCAUCAAGGUCGUCACGCGUACAACGCAAACCUCAGCAGCAGCUUGCAUCGGCUCCGUACCUAAUGGCGGCUACGUCGCCUUGUGCAUGCUAGCUGCUGCAAGCGCACACCUCUCGCGCAAUCAGCCUGACGCCCUGACCGCUCGUUUCGAGUAUCCAGCCCGAACCUCUCCGGGGCCAGCCGUCAUCAUCAUCGAAGACGUCAAGUUGGGCAGGUCGCAGCCUUUCCAGUAUUUUGGAGGCUUCUCCCUGCCUACGGGGUACGAGUCCACGCCCGCCGCGGCGCUGCCCGAUCCCGCCCCGCAUUUCGACGCCUUAAAGGCGCGCGGGAAAGACGCGGGCUGGGAAGAAGCCGUGCUACCUCAAGCCUCGGGAGUGAUUCACUCGCUGCGCAAUUGGCACUUCUACCUCCCUCGGUCCGGCCCUCUCACAGGUGUCCUAGGCAUGUGGAUCCGACCGGAGACGCCGGAAUUGCGAGAGCUGUUGAUGCCCCCAUCUCGCGAUCGUGGGCACAAAACUAGCUCUGACGGAGCAGACGAGAUGUCGAGAGCGGAGGACCGAGAUGAGGACGGCCAGACAGAGGCACGGGCGAGUCUAUGGUUCCGCACCGUCGUCAUGAACCUCGAGGUCAAGGCCGCUUUGCCGGGGGAAGGAGCCGAGUGGCUGAACGUUCGCGCCACGUCCAAGCAGAUCAAAGACGGCAGAUUUGAUCUCGAGAUCUUGGUCAGGGAUGUAGAUGCGAUCAUACUGGGAAUGAUUAUCAUCAAUCUCGUAAUGUCAGGAGUCAUUCUUGCCCUUAAUUUUGCUUUAGAUGGCACUAUAGCGUAUCUAAUUCAUCGUACUUUGGGAGUUCUAGAUAGCGCUGCACACAGUCAAAACAAGUCAAGCAAUUUGUCUUUAUCUUAUUUUCUCUGA